AUGACAGAUCUUCUCCUAAGCCAAGAUACAACUGAAACCAGCAUAGAGGAGGAGAACAUGGUCUGGGUAACUAACAGCAUCGGAGAAUCAGAAGCAUUAAAACAAUGGGACUUUCUUAAUGAUCAUGACAGUACAGAGGAGAUAGCGAGACAUCUCCACCCAGUGGAUUACAUUCAUUUUCGUAUUGCCUCUAAACGAAAUUCUAUUUUUCUCCGCUCGUUGAGCCGAAUAUUGGCUUCUACAAGGACCACAGCAACUACAUAUUUAUCUCCGUGGUUGAUAUCUAUCUUUGAAGAUAAUGAAAAGAUUAUCUGCAAUAUCGUAGACCCGAUGCAUAAUAAUGACAAGUACCUCUUGAAACUAUCUGAUCAAUUGGUUGCAGGUGCUACAAUCCGUUUUUCAAAAGAUGGAUGGCUCCUAUUGUCUAACGGGAAAAAAACUGUAUUCUGCUAUAAUCCCUUCACAAGAGGAAUGAUCUUUCUUCCAGAUGUACCUGAUAAUUAUGCUCUUGGUGGAAUGUCAUUCUCGUCGGUACCUACUUCUCGCGAUUGUGUGGUGAUUGCCAUCUCCAACUGGUGGGAACUGACAGGUAACAAUGAGAUAUCUUUCUUGGUCACUAAACUGGGAAAGAGUGCAACUGGUUGGACUAUUUAUAGAUUCAAUUAUGAAGAAUACUCCCUUGAGUAUAACUUUAUGCCGUGUGUUAACAACCCUGUUUUCUAUAAUGGAGCUUUCUACUGCUUAGAUUACAAUGGAAUGUUAGGAGUUUUUAAUAUGAAAGGUGAUUUCAGUUGGAAAGUACUUUCAAAGUCCUUGAAACAAUUCGGUGGCUUUUAUCCAAGUUAUUUGGUGGAGUGUGAUGAUAAGCUUUUACUAGUGAAUUUAGGACACUGUGGAAAGUCGGUAGAUAUUUAUAGGUUGGAUGAUUCUGAAAUGGUCUGGGUAAAACUGAACAGUUUGGGAAAGCAUGCAUUGUUCAUCAGCAAUACAUCCAGUUUUUCAGCAGUCGCUCCACGUAGUUGUAUGGAGAACAAUAUCUACUUUCCGAGAUUAUACGGCGGAAGGAUUUUAUAUUAUUCUCUGGAUACACGUAGGUAUCACUGUGUUGGGAGUGAUCAACAUACUUCACAAGAUUUCCAUAACACUAAGGAAAGAUCAAAUAGCACAUGGAUUGAACCUUACUGGUCUCAGGCAAGUAUUAGCCAAAAUUCUGGCGAUAUCUAG